AUAAAGUUUUGUUGAAUUUCCUAUGCCAUUGUGGGAUUGCAAUGGCCGCCUCUAUAGCUGUAAACAAAAACGCGAUAUCUACGAAAGAAACCCAUUCGUAAUAGUUUAAAUUCAUUCGAGUAGGUGAUAUCAUUUUGUGACGUUUUACACUAACAGGGAUUUUAGCUGUUAUUUAGAUUGUUCAUAUAAAGCCUGGUUUAGAAAAAUAACUGCAGUGAGGGGGCAUCAGGCCCUAACGUUAGCAAGCCUUCUGCACAGUCUAGGCAACAGAAAGGCUCUAGAAGAUGGAGGAGGAAGAUGCGUCACUUCACAGGCUGGAAGGCAGUGACUCCACCGCACAGGUGGGUGGGUUGAUCGUGAAGCAGAAGAGUGCAGCAGCAGAGCCCCACGUUUUUCGUGCGCCGACCCCACGCACCUCCCUGCUGGGCCUCGAUCUCCUAGCAGCUCAGAAGAGAAAGGAGCGGGAAGAAAAGGAGCAGACCGAGGCAGACGGUGAGGACAGAUGGACCAAAAAAUCCAAGGUGUCCUCAUAUAAAGACUGGGAGGAGGGGAGAAGUGAUUCGGGUUCUGACGAGGAGGACAAGGAGGACAAAGAGGAGGAGGACCGGAGUGAAAAGAAAGAGAGGAAGUACCGUGUCACCGGCUCAGAGACGCCAUCCAACCCUGGAGGAGUCAGCGAAGAAUUCCGCCGCAAACACCAGCAGAGAGAGAAGGACCGGCGGGAGCAUGGCGUGUACGCCUCAUCCAAAGAAGACAAGAACAGGGAGAAAGAAAAGGACAGAGAAAAGAGCCGAGACCGAGACCGGAGGAGCGAGAGAGAUGAGCGGGAGCGCAGCCACAGCCGAGGCAGCAGCAGGUCGGAGCGCGGAGACCGCAGCGACAGAAGCGAGCGCCUCAGCCGGGGCAAGAGAGACGAGCCCCCGACACCACAGCAGCGCCCUAAAGACGGCUCCACGCCCUCUCGCUCCAGCUGGGAAGAAGAUGACAGUGGCUACGCCAGCACCCGGCGUUCACACUGGGAGUCCCCGUCCCCUGCCCCCUCCCACCGCGAGUCGGAGCGCUCUGAGCGCAGCCACCGCUCCGGACGCGACAGCGAAAGGAGAGAGAGCUCCCUUUCCAGGUCAGUUAGAGGUCGUUACCCUGACGACACACCGCUCCCGACACCGUCCUACAAGUACAAUGAGUGGGCCAACGAUCGAAAGCACUUGGGCUCCACCCCUCGUUUGUCCCGUGGGAAAGGUAAGAAGGACGGCGAGGGGGAGGACGGCAUUGACUUUGACAACGAGGAUGAGAAACAGCAGUGGGAGGAUGACCAGAAGCAAGCGGACCGGGACUGGUACAUGAUGGACGAGGGCUACGACGAGUUCCACAACCCCCUGACCUCCACGUCCGAGGAGUACGUGAAGAAGAGGGAGCAGAUCCUGCAGAAGCAGACCCAGAAACGCAUCUCGGCUCAGAGGCGACAGAUCAACGAGGAUAACGAGCGCUGGGAGACCAACCGCAUGCUGACCAGCGGGGUGGUCCAGAGGCUGGAGGUGGACGAGGACUUUGAAGAGGACAACGCCGCCAAGGUCCACCUGCUGGUUCAUAACCUGGUUCCUCCUUUCCUGGAUGGGCGCAUUGUCUUCACCAAGCAGCCUGAGCCUGUCAUCCCAGUGAAGGACGCCACCUCCGACAUGGCCAUUAUCUCCCGCAAGGGCAGCCAGCUGGUCCGCAAGCACCGCGAGCAGAAGGAGCGCAAGAAGGCCCAGCACAAGCAGUGGGAGCUGGCCGGCACCAAGCUGGGUGACAUCAUGGGCAUCAAGAAGACUGAGGAGGCAGACAGCUCAGGGGGCAAGCCUGUGGGAGAGGACGGCAAGGUGGACUACCGAGCGGAGCAGAAGUUCGCAGACCACAUGAAGGAGAAGAGCGAGGCCAGCAGCGAGUUUGCCAAGAAGAAGACCCUGCUGGAGCAGAGACAGUACCUGCCCAUCUUCGCCGUGAGACAGCAGCUGCUCAACAUCAUCAGGGACAACAGCAUCGUGAUCGUGGUGGGGGAGACGGGCAGUGGGAAAACCACCCAGCUGACCCAGUACCUGCACGAGGACGGCUACACCAGCUACGGCAUGGUGGGCUGCACCCAGCCGCGCAGGGUGGCGGCCAUGAGCGUGGCCAAGAGAGUCAGCGAGGAGCUCAACAGCAACCUGGGGGAGGAGGUGGGCUACGCCAUCCGCUUCGAGGACUGCACGUCCGAGAAGACGGUGAUCAAGUACAUGACGGACGGCAUCCUGCUGAGAGAGUCCCUGAGAGAGUCGGACCUGGACCACUACAGUGCCGUCAUCAUGGACGAGGCCCACGAGCGCUCCCUCAACACCGACGUGCUGUUCGGCCUGCUCCGAGAGGUGGUGUCCAGACGCUCCGACCUGAAGCUCAUCGUCACCUCGGCCACCAUGGACUCGGACAAAUUCGCCUCGUUCUUCGGCAACGUGCCCAUCUUCAACAUCCCGGGCCGGACGUUCCCCGUGGACAUCCUGUUCAGCAAGACCCCCCAGGAGGACUACGUGGAGGCGGCCGUCAAGCAGGCCCUGCAGAUCCACCUGAGCGGCAUGUCGGGAGACAUCCUCAUCUUCAUGCCCGGCCAGGAGGACAUCGAGGUGACGUCGGACCAGAUCGUGGAGCGCCUGGAGGACCUGGAGAGCGCCCCUGCCCUGGCCGUGCUCCCCAUCUACUCCCAGCUGCCCUCCGACCUCCAGGCCAAGAUCUUCCAGAAGGCCCCGGAUGGCGUGAGGAAGUGCAUCGUAGCCACCAACAUCGCCGAGACCUCCCUGACGGUGGACGGCAUCAUGUUCGUGGUGGACGCCGGAUACUGCAAACUCAAGGUGUUCAACCCCCGCAUAGGCAUGGAUGCCCUGCAGGUGUACCCCAUCAGCCAGGCCAACGCCAACCAGCGUGCGGGCAGAGCCGGGCGCACAGGGCCCGGACAGUGUUACAGGCUGUACACUCAGAGCGCCUUCAAGAACGAGAUGUUGACCACCACCAUCCCGGAGAUCCAGAGGACCAACCUGGCCAACGUGGUCCUGCUCCUCAAGUCCCUGGGUGUGCAGGACCUGCUGAUGUUCCACUUCAUGGACCCCCCGCCCGAGGACAACAUGCUCAACUCCAUGUACCAGCUCUGGAUCCUGGGGGCCCUCGACAACACCGGCUCCCUGACCCCGACAGGAAGGCUCAUGGUGGAGUUCCCGCUAGACCCCGCCCUGUCCAAGAUGCUCAUCGUGUCAUGUGACAUGGGCUGCAGCGCCGACAUCCUCAUCAUCGUCUCCAUGCUGUCUGUCCCCGCCAUCUUCUACAGACCCAAGGGUCGAGAGGAGGAGAGUGACCAGGUGAGGGAGAAGUUCUCGGUGCCCGAGAGCGACCACCUGACCUACCUGAAUGUUUACCUGCAGUGGAAGAACAACAACUACUCCAGCAUCUGGUGCAACGAGCACUUCAUCCACACCAAGGCCAUGCGCAAGGUGCGUGAGGUGCGUUCUCAGCUGAAGGACAUCAUGGUUCAGCAGAGGAUGAGUUUGGCCUCCUGUGGUUCAGACUGGGACAUCAUCAGGAAGUGCAUCUGUGCUGCCUACUUCCACCAGGCUGCCAAGCUCAAGGGUAUUGGUGAGUAUGUGAACGUGAGGACAGGCAUGCCCUGCCACCUCCACCCCACCAGCUCUCUGUUUGGCAUGGGCUACACCCCCGACUACAUCACCUACCACGAGCUGGUCAUGACCACCAAGGAGUACAUGCAGUGUGUGACAGCGGUGGACGGGGAGUGGCUGGCAGAGCUGGGACCCAUGUUCUACAGCGUCAAACAGGCUGGGAAGAGCAGACAGGAGAACCGGCGCCGGGCGAAGGAGGAGAUCACCAACAUGGAGGAGGAGAUGUCCCUGGCACAGCAGCAGCUGCUGGCCCGCAAGGACGAGCACGAGAGGAGGAGCAACGUCGGCAGUGUCAGAGCUGUGAAGAUCGUCACCCCCGGCAGGAAGGAGGAGGCCCCCAUGACCCCCAAGAGAACCCCGGCUCGCUUCGGUCUGUAGACAUCCACAGUCCUCUGUCCCGACGCAGCACCAGCAGCCAGGGCCCCCUGCUACAUCACCUGUUGACGGCACCGUGGCCCAGCCACACCAGGCCAGCACACCUCACUCAGUCGGCAAGGACGGGACCACCUCUGUUCCAUCCAAUUCCCCCUAUCGUGGCCAGAGCCACAUGCAGUUCCAGGUGCGGCCACCAGAGGGAGAACUUGUAUAAGGCAUGAGUCUCGAUCUCUUCCUCCCAUCCUGCUCAAACCUCACUGCAUCUCUCCCAGCCUACAGUUUGUAGAGUAGAGAUACACCCCUGUUAUAAUGCAGUCUUUCCUAGGCUGUUUACGCAAUGCAAGAAGAUUCGACUGUUUCUUCUAGCGUAACACCUAGAUUCGCAGCACCAUUGGAAAUGUAUUACCCCGAGAGGGUGUGUGUGUGUGGUAUCAUUUUUUUAAUCUCCAUUUUUCUCAGUCAUAAAAGGCUAUGUAUUUUAUAUGAGCACAUGGUUCUUUUGUCUAAGUUCCGAGCUCUACUCUUGGGCUAUUUUCAUAAUGACAGUUUCUUUCAUCUGUGUUUAGGAAGUGCUUCUUUGUCUGUUGGAAUCAUUGAAUGUCUCUGUGGCAGCUGGCUUGAUUAAGCUGUGGUACAUUAUAUUAGACAGACAAUAGGAAGAAGUCAUUGUCUCGUCGAGAUUUCUAUGACUCCUGUCAUGAACACCCGUCUGAAAUCAGAGCUAUUUAGUCUUUUUACAUUUUUCUCUCAACUCAAAUCUCUUGAGAGCUCCUUUUUACGUCCUACAAUUGGCCAAUUGCCAUAUAUAUAUAUGUGUGUGUUUGUCAAGUAGCCUCCCCUCACACAUGUACCAUCACUGAGAGCCCCUCCAUAAACUGAAGCACUGUUCAGACAUGGCUCGUGGCAAGAUUGUCUCAGACCCAGGGGUAUAGAAGACCCCUGCCUGCGUGCACACACACACACACACACCAUCCAUGCAAACUAUUGUGAUGAAAAGCUUUUGCAAUUGAGCUAUUCCUAACCCUAUCAUCCCUUUGGCUACACUGUAAUGUCCGCCAGCUUCUCUCUAUACACACACACACACACACACACGGCUCCUUCAUGGCUUCAACUCACGAGUGUUUCUCAUUGUCUUUGUGUUGAAAACGUCCACCAAUUUCCUUUCGAGAUUCUACUCCUUCUCAAGUGAGUGAAUUCUGGAAACGGGUGUCCUUUAAAGAUGGUGAUGUUGCGUGUCCGUAUCCUGUCAAUCCUCAACAGGAGUGUCAUUCCCGUGUCUCCUUUUCCCAUGAUUAAGACAUGAUCAAACCAGAUACUUGGGCAUGUACUUGAAUCCAAAGUCAUCACUUCUAAAUGUUACUGGAUUGACUUUGUAUAGUUUUGUACAGACCAUUAUCUUGCUGUGUCGAUGGUCAGUGAUUCUUUUUUUUGUCCUUGUAUUAGUAAUGUUAGGCUUUGAUGACAUCAGCCAGUGGCGUACAGAUAUGAUUUAGAACUUAAUGCUUUUGGAAAUGGAAAUAAAUGGGCCUAUUUUUU